AUGAUCAUGGAGGAUGAUACUGAAAAUGCAGGUUCCAUCAAGAAGGCACCGUCCAUUGCAUCUGUAAAUGUGAAUCCUACCCGAUUCUCAGUGUCUUCGGGUGGUACAACACUCAGUCAACAACAGCAACAGCAGCAGAUGCCUCCAAGCAAAUCAUCUACCGAUUUAUACCAACCUACCAUCAGUUUACCCCGCAAAACAAAUCUUAGCAAGUAUGGCAAUACCACUAUGACCAAGGCAUUUCACAGCGUGGAGCCCAUUCCAGUGCCUCGCAUUGUUGCAGAAGAUGCAGCUGCUUUGGAAGAGCUCGCAGGACGUCAAAUGCUACCUUCACUGCCCCGAGAAAUACCCUUCAAGGUCAUUGAUCUGCAAGACAAACAGGACACAAGCCUAUUUGGAUCCAUCGCUGAGCUAUUGCGCUACCGUGCCUCCAACAGUCAGGGCAGGAUCAUACCAGCAUUCACUCAAGUAGACGAUAAAGGCAAAGAAUCUGCAACUUUGACGUGGGAGAAGCUAGCUGCUCGUGCUGAGAAAGUAGCCAUGGUCCUUCGAGAAAAAUCAGCAUUGGAAGUAGGCAGUUGUGUCGCUAUUUUGUACCGCAAAACAGAGGUAAUCGAUUUUAUCGUGGCAAUUCUGGGCUGCUUUAUUGCUGGCCUCGUUGCUGUGCCCAUCAAUGCCAUCGAAGAGUUGUCUGAACUAUGGUUCAUCUUGCGCGUGACAAACAUCCAUCUGGUGCUGACCACAGACAGCAAUCUCAAGACAUUGACAAAGAACAUGAAGUCCAGGAACAUUGAUUUCCCCAAGAACGUAGAUUGGUGGCCCACCAGUGAUUUUGGAUCAUUAUACGCACAUCAGAUCAAAUCAGGCAAGUACAGCACAUUGCGAUCCACACCAUUAGCCUAUAUUGAAUACACGAAAUCCAUCAAUGGCGAAUUGAAGGGUGUAGCAGUAUCGCAUCAGUCCAUCAUGAACAGCUGUCAUGCCUUCACAGCAGCCACGACCGAGACAGUUAUCUUCACCAACAGCGAGGAUAAUACUACAUCUGUACUUCCUAACUGGGAUACACAAGGCGCUGAUACGCUCCUCACCUAUCUCGAACCUCGUCAACAAGUUGGUCUAAACGUUUCUAUAUUGUGUUCCAUCUACAGCGGGAGUCACACGAUCUUUGCGGGUGCAAAUGUCAUGGAGACACCAGCGGUAUGGAUCUAUAUUAUGUCGAAAUACAAAGUGACCAUAGCCUUGGGAGGCUAUCCAGGCAUAUUUUACGCAGCCAAGUACUACCAAAAAAACGCACGAGAGGUCCUUGGCUACAGCAAAAAGACGGUGCCUGAUCUAUCGGCACUGCGAAUUCUGUUUAUCGAUACCAUCGUUGUAAAACCUGACACCAAUGAAUACAUUGCCAACAAGCUGAUAAAGCCAUUGGGCAAGACCAUGUUGCAUGAGCCUAUUGACGUUGUAACACCCCUCCUCUCCUUGCCAGAACAUGCGGGAGCCAUCCUUAGCUUCAGAGACUAUCUUGGCCCUGGAAAACUAGAGGAGUUUGAGCAAUCCUAUAAUGAGCAAGACAACACCACCACCACUAAAAAGAAGGUCAUGUUUGCCUCUGGAAAGUCAAGAGAAGUGUGGGAGUGUAUUUUGGAUGCGGAUGCGCUGCGCAGAAGAAAGGUAGUCGUACUGGCAACCACCACAUCCACAGGUAUCACAGGUGGAGACGAAGGUGGAUGUCUCAAAGUCGGGUCUCAUGGGUUUCCCUUUCCCAAUGCCACCGUCGCUAUUGUGGAUCCAGAAACAUCUCUCUUGUGUCCCUCAGAUACCAUUGGUGAAGUAUGGGUGGAUGCGCCUUCAUUGGCAGAUGGAUUUUGGGGCAUUCCAGCCUUGACAGACGCCAUGUACCAUGCAAGCCCUAUACUGGUGCCUGCAGACACGCUGUAUCCAGAAACAUACGAUCAGCAAUUUGUGCGAACAGGUCUUUUGGGAACCAUGAUUGGCGGCAGACUCGUCGUCUUGGGUGCAUAUGAGGAUCGCGUUCGACAGCAGCGCCUGGGAAAUGAGUUGGGCGUGGAGGAAACACAUAUCAGCACAGAUAUUAUCAGCACCAUUGCAAGGAAAUCGCGUGUGGACUCAUGCAUUAUAUUCGAUAUCUUUGUAAAUGGCCAAUACCUGCCUGUGCUGGCCGUGGAAUCCAAUCUCGUAGGCAAAGAGCUGAGUAGUCUGGUGGAUAAUAUCAGCGAUGUAGUUCAGGCCUACCACGGGCUUCGUGUCUAUGCUACUUUCAGCGUCAACAAAGGCCAGCUGCCACGCUAUGUCAAGGACGGCAAUCAGUACAUUCAUCCGUUGAUCACCAAACGUCGAUUUCUGGCAGGACAGCUCCCUCUCAAGCAUUUGAAGAUGGACGUGGAUCGCACUGUAUUCAGUGAAGCCACCUCACCCUUGACCGCUUCUGUGGAAGGCCAAGCGAUUUCAGUGUGGAGAUCAAACCCACUGUCGUAUGAACGAGCCCUGUCUUUGCGACUGAUCUCGCCUCGACCAAGGCCACAGCAUUCGGGCGUCGAGAUUGUUAACGCCACCAUUGACGAGCGCUCUGGCUAUGAUCUGUCACGGUUCACCAACUUGGUGGACAUCAUGCUGUGGCGCACAUCCCUUUACCCUGAAGAAAACGCUUUUGUCGCCGUGCAUCAGAAUGGCACCAAGCCUUAUUCAUGGAGGAAAUUCAACAACCAGAUUGCUACCAUAGCCAACUACCUUUUGAAAAAGUGCGCAUUAAAGGCAGGUACACGCGUUUUGGUUUUACUGCAUUUUGGAGCUGAUUUUGUGCGUGUUCUCUACGCUUGCUUUGUGCUGGGGCUGAUUCCCGUCCUCUGUCCUCCACCUGAAGCCAUGCAGUCUUCGCCUAAACGCCUGCAAGAAGACGUCAAUAUCAUGGUACGCACACUGCAUGAUUUGAACAUCCAGCACAUCCUUGUCAAUUCGCAGUCUGAAGACAUUGUACGCAACAAAACAGUGCUGCAAGCUGUCAAGAUAGCCACCAUGCACAGUGGAAAAGCAAUUGGCCUCAAAAAGCUACCCGACCACAUUAACAUCGAUAAAGCGCCUCGAUUCAAUAAGAUGCUUGGCCCAGAAAGUGGCUUCUCGGUCAAGUCAGAAUGGACAUCGGAUAAGAAGAGACCUGCGUUUGUCCUGAUCAACCAGCUGGAAACAAACGACAAUGCAUGCGGUGCUCAUCAGUAUGUUCCUUACAGCCAUGACAGCAUUGUCGCUCAAUGUCGCUCUCAGAAAUUGACCUGUCAGAUCAAGUUUCAAAAGCCAUUGGUGGUAACCGGCCUCAGCGCCUUUGAAGGGCUGGGCGUCCUGCACGCUGUGUUCUGUGGUGUCUACGUGGGAUGCACCACCAUCUUAAUGCCUACCGUCGAGUUUAAAAACUCAACGGCCUCUUACUUUGAGCUGAUUGCUAGAAACAAAUGUCCUACCAUCUGCGCAAACUACAUGCUGUUUGACUUUGCCAUGAACUGGAUUCCUCCUUCUGAGCAACGGCAGAUUCCUCUACAAAACACGCAGAACAUCAUGGUAACAGUGUCCAGCAGAACCAAGCCUAAGUUUUACGAGAAAAUAGCUCGCUAUCUCUCUCUGAGCCGGGUGGAACGCGAGGCCAUCAACACAGUUUACAGCCAUCCAUACAAUCCCAUGAUCACUACGCGCUCCUUCAUGCUCUUGGAGCCCAUCUCAUUAAUUGCUGAUUUUGAGUGGUUGAGACAGGGCAUCAUUCGACCAUUGGCCCCUGGAGACGACAGUUCAUAUGGCGUGCUGCUGCAAGAUUCAGGCAUUGUGCCCACCAACACGAUGAUUGCUAUUGUCAAUCCCGAGACAUUGAGCCUCUGUCCAAGCCAUGUCAUGGGCGAGAUUUGGGUGUCAUCUGACAGCAAUGUCAAGGGCAUUUACAAAUCGUCGAAUGACUAUACAAAUACAUUCGAAGCGACUAUCCAAGGAUCAGACUCUCGCAUCAAAUACAUGCGCACAGGCGACAUUGGAUUCCUCUGGAACGUGCAACGAAAGGCAAUGGGCAUGCAAGCGCCUGUGGAGGAAGGACAAUGUCUUUAUGUGCUGGGCCAUAUCGAUGAAAUCAUCACUUCCAAAGGAUUGCUUCAUUUUGCUAUUGAUAUAGAAGAGACGGUCGAAAAUUGUCAUCCAGACAUGCUGGGCGAAGGAUGCUAUGUUAUUCAAAUUGAUGGCAAUGAGAUUAUCGUGAUCAUCGCUAUCAAGUCAUCCAUUACAUCUUAUCUGGGAGCGAUCCCCGUGAUUGUGAGCUCCGUGCUUGAGCGACACUCGCUGUUAGUGGACACCAUUGUCAUGGUCAACAAGGACCAACUGCCCAAAAAGUACAACGGAGAGAAGCUGAGAAAGAAGGUGCUGUCCAUGUACAAGAGAAAGGAGAUAUCUGCUAUCCAUGUCAGUCGCAUCAAAAACCAGCACCAGCCGAUAGCGUUACCCAAAUGGAGCAACUUUACCAAUGGCUCUUCAGCUAGUCUGCUCCGUGUAGAUAAUAGCGAUAAUCAAUCUGUCAUCUCAUUCAGUCAGAGAUCACAACUGAAUUUUGAUACCAACAACAGCAACGGUGCUGAAACAGCAAGCAUGCACAGAAAUCCUACUUCUGAUGCUGCUCCUGGAGCUGCUUCAACCAAGUCAUACCAAUCUUAG